AUGCCUUCAUUUGCUUCAAAUCACUUUCUACUCAGCAUCCAGACGCAAACGCCAAACCCAAUCACACCUGGCUCCGAUACCUCAACACUAUUCGACUUUGUCAUCGACCCAUCACUCUCACCGAGAGACUCGAGCAAGUUUGCUGCUAUCGCUUCACCCGCCGAGACUCUUGCACACUUCAGCGCACACUCCGACUACCCGUAUACCCUCUCUCCUCGACGCCUCGCUUAUCUCGAACACAUCGAGAAGAUCCUAUCUGCCGAGCUCAACCCAUUCGACCUUCUAGCUCGUCGCCAACUCAACAACCAACUCAUUAGAGCCGCCGAGCGCAAGCCUUGUGACGCUGGGGCUUGCGGCUUUGACGUAAUUCACAAGGCACCUGCCGCCAUGCAGAACUCGAGCUCCCUCUCUCAAACCCAGCUCAACGCUAUCGCUCAGGCUAACCUGUCCCAGGAGAAUCUCCGGAACCUACAGAAUGGAGCCUUCUAUGAUCCAUCAUCCGCUGAUGGCUACAGCGCCCCCUCAUCGAGCAGCUUCUUGACCGCCGCGCCCGCUCUGUCUCCCGCUGCUUCUUCGGCAUCAGGCUCUCAGCUCAGUGCGCCCAACACCUUCCGCGACAAUAAUGUCAACCCGAGCCCAUCAUCAAGUCCUUUCCUCGCUGCUGUAUCUCCUGCCGGAUCCCAUCGCCGUGCAGGCUCGCACAGCUCUGAUGCCCCAAGCCCACCUCCACUUGGUCAGGCCUUCCUGUCUGAUCCUUCGCUCUCACAAGCCGUCGGUCAGAUGGGUCAGAUCAGGCUUGACGAGGACCAGCGAUACCCGCCCACGUUCGACGAUGCCUCCGAUCAUGCCGGCUCGCCAGUCUAUCAACCGCAAUCGCAAUCAAUAGAGGGAUCUUCAUCGUCAGCAUACCCGUCAAUAUCAAGUCAAACAUAUGUCAAUCAGAGUGGCAAUAACGCCCCUCAGCUCACAUUAGGCAUCCCGACCGUCUCGGUUUCCGAUUCUUCGAUGGACUACACACCGGUGGCUGCAAGCCUCGAUGCUGCCAUGCCAAGCAUCAACGUGAUGGCUCCUUCGCCCUCGACGCCAAAAGCAAUGUGCGCCCAUGACCAACAAGGUGGGUUCCAGGAUCUCCUCGCACAGCUCGCUACUUCAUCUCAGGGUCCAUCCAGCAACACGGUCGCAGCAACCUCCAACCAGCCCGGCACCUCCUCGAGUAAUUGGCUGCCAUCAGAUCCUUCCACUUUGACCAUGCACCAAGAACCCUUCAGCUAUGCAAGUACUCCCGACUCCACCGUCGAUGCUCAGCUUGGCUCGACGUUGCAACAGCCAUCUUCGGGUCAGGACCUCUUCCGUCCACACUCUGCCGGCAGUCGUAUCCUUCCUGAAGGCUACUCGGCGGAACCCAGAGAGAUGAUGUCAUCGCUAGCUGGCAACCAGUCCCGCAAUCCGGCAGUCCACGCACCCGGUCAGUGGUCGAGUCAAACCAAGCGUCAAGACUCUUACGACAAGAUCCGUCUAUUCUUGCGACUCGAUGUUGACAUGGGCUUCCAGUCCAAUGGCAAGACCGAGUCCCCGACACUUGCCAUGUUCCGGAAACGCGCCAGCUCGGACGUCGGGCCAAGGUCUCCUAUCGUUGCAGGCAACGCCGGAAGUGCUGGUACUGCUUUCGACUGGUCUUUCGCUGCAACGAAUCAAGCCAACGCAGAUGCAAAGACACAAGGCAACGGAUCAGAAUUCCACUGGUCAUCGCUGAAGACCGACUCGUCUGCGUUUGCUGGACCGACAUUGCAGAUUGAUCCUUCGCAGCUAGCUACCAUGGAUCCUUCUCUGUUGAACAAUACACAGGGCAACACAGAUGCCUCGCAGCCUUUUGGCGACACAAGCGCCUUCUUUGUAAGCUUGCAACAACAACAACAACAACAACAACAACAACAGCAGCAGCAGCAGCAACAGUUCCAAUCGCAGCAACAGCAACAACAGCAGCAGCAACAGCAACAACAACAACAACAGCAGCAGCAGAUGAUGCCUCCCGUCUUCCAGCUCAACGGGCAAAGCAACACAAUGGGAGCUGACGAUCUUUCACAGCUUGGCGGAUCAGGGCCGAACGAGUUCAACCCACAGUGGCGUUUCCCUGGCGACGGUUGCCAACCAGCAACUGGUGCCGACGCCUCUGGUGCGCCAAAGCUGCGGAGAUCCAACAGUGCACGGCAAAGCUCGCCCGGUGGCCACCGCAGACUGGCACACUCGGAGGACUUGUCUCGGAGCCGAAUGUAUCGAGGCAACGACGAGGAUUUCCUCAUGCAGAUCACCGCGCCGAACGGAGGCCUGGCACCGCCUUGCUCAGGCCGCUCGGUCUCUUCGAACAAGGCAGCGACAGGCGGUCACCACCAGACGUUGUCUGGAUCAGCAAGAGUGCAUCCCUAUCGCACGGGACACGGUCGACACUAUUCGUUCGGGUCGAAUGCAUCGAGCAGCAACACUGGGUCGGCUUCGCCAUUGCCUCAGAUGGCGGGUGGAUUGAUGUAUGAUGCAGCGGGCAACUUGGUGCAAUACCCGAGGGACGCGUUUGGAGCGAUGGGAGGAAUGGGUAUGGAUGGUGUUGCGCAGUCACCAUCAGCAUCGAGUGUUGCCUCAGGGACAAGCUCACACUCAAGGUUGAGAGCGCCGCCAGUACCUGUUGUGACGAGUCAGGCGACACAGGCGGCAUCGGCAUCGCGACGAAAGUCAGAGGCAUUGUUCGCGUGUCCCAUCCCGGGAUGUGGAUCGACGUUCACGCGACAGUACAACCUUCGAGGACACUUGCGAUCGCACGCAGACGAGCGACCAUACAAGUGUGAUUGGCCUGGAUGUAACAAGAGUUUUGCACGAUCGCAUGACUGCAAGCGACAUCAGAACCUGCAUCUCAACAUCAAGCCUCAUACUUGCGAGCAGUGCGGCAAGACGUUUGCCCGUCCGGAUGCACUGAGCCGACAUCACAAGAGCGAUACAGGUGGAUGCACGAUGAAGAGCGACAGCGAGAGUCAAUCGAAUUCAACUGAUGCCUCGUCUGCAGCAUCGGCUGGUGGUCACCCAUCUGGAUCUCAGGCUGGGUCAGAGUAUGGCGGUCAGAAGUGCGGUGGCGGUCCGACGACGGUGGACGCUGCUCGCACGGAUGCUUCGCAGCAGCCUGGUAAGACGUUUGGUGGACAUGUCUUGUGA